UACUGCGGCUGGGCGCCGGCUCCGCUCCCUCGUCGGCCCGCGCUCCAGCUGCGCCCGGCCCUGGCCCGGCUUGGCCCGGCCCCGGCCUCCGAGCGAAGGCGCCGCUGCCGCCUGGGCCGCUCCCAGGGCCAUGAGGAGGCGGCGGCAGCCACUGCGGCCCGCGUCAAGGUGACCGGCCGGGACUGCGGCGGCGGACUUCUCCAGACAGGUUAUGUCACCGACAGAGGCUGUCCUGAAGCUCCCUGUGGCCCGGAGACUAUGUACAAGAGGAAUGGUCUGAUGGCUAGCGUGUUGGUCACCUCUGCCACUCCACAGGGCAGCAGCAGCUCAGACUCUCUGGAGGGCCAGGGCUGCGACUAUGCCAGCAAGAGCUACGAUGCCGUUGUCUUCGAUGUCCUGAAAGUGACUCCCGAGGAGUUUGCUAGCCAGAUCACAUUAAUGGACAUACCCGUGUUUAAAGCCAUCCAGCCGGAGGAACUAGCCAGCUGUGGAUGGAGUAAGAAGGAGAAACAUAGUCUCGCUCCCAACGUCGUGGCCUUUACCCGGAGGUUUAACCAGGUCAGUUUUUGGGUUGUACGAGAAAUUCUAACAGCACAGACUUUAAAAAUAAGGGCAGAAAUCCUGAGCCAUUUUGUGAAAAUAGCCAAGAAACUUCUAGAACUCAACAACCUUCAUUCUCUCAUGUCUGUGGUGUCAGCAUUACAAAGUGCACCCAUCUUCAGGCUGACAAAAACCUGGGCUCUGUUGAAUCGAAAAGACAAGACCACCUUUGAGAAAUUGGACUACCUGAUGUCUAAAGAAGAUAAUUACAAGCGGACUCGGGAAUAUAUCCGAAGCCUGAAGAUGGUUCCCAGUAUUCCCUAUCUAGGCAUCUAUCUUCUGGAUUUAAUCUACAUUGAUUCUGCAUAUCCUGCCUCAGGCAGCAUCAUGGAAAACGAACAAAGAUCCAAUCAGAUGAACAAUAUUCUUCGAAUAAUUGCGGAUUUACAAGUCUCCUGCAGCUACGACCACCUCACAACCCUGCCCCACGUGCAGAAGUACCUGAAGUCCGUGCGCUACAUUGAAGAGCUCCAGAAGUUUGUGGAAGACGACAACUACAAACUGUCGCUCAGAAUUGAACCAGGAAGCAGCUCCCCGAGACUAGUCUCUUCCAAGGAAGAUCUUGCAGCCCCCGCCGGCGGCUCCAGUUCUGCGAGGUUCAGCCGGCGGCCCACCUGUCCUGACGCAUCUGUGGCUGGCAGCCUCCCCACGCCCCCAGUUCCGAGACACAGGAAGAGCCACAGCCUGGGCAACAAUAUGAUGUGUCAGUUGAGUGUAGUUGAGAGUAAAAGUGCGACAUUCCCAUCGGAGAAAGCGAGGCACCUGCUGGACGACAGCGUCCUGGAGUCGCGCAGCCCCCGCAGGGGCCUCGCCCUCGCCUCCUCCUCUGCCGUCACCAAUGGACUCGCCCUCGGCAGUAGUGAGAGCUCAGAGUUUAGUGAAGAGACGUCUUCAGGGCUGGCAAGCAGGGGACGUCUCUAUGCCACGCUGGGGCCCAACUGGCGGGUUCCAGUUCGGAAUUCUCCCAGAACCCGGAGCUGCGUCUACAGCCCCACCGGCCCGUGCAUCUGUACGCUGGGGAGCUCGGCGGCGGUCCCCACCAUGGAGGGGCCUCUGAGAAGGAAAACUCUGCUCAAGGAAGGACGGAAGCCCGCGCUGUCCUCGUGGACCAGGUACUGGGUCAUACUCUCAGGAUCCACCCUCCUGUACUACGGAGCCAAGUCCUUGAGGGGCACAGACAGAAAGCACUAUAAAUCCACACCUGGCAAAAAGGUCUCCGUCGUGGGCUGGAUGGUGCAGCUGCCCGACGACCCUGAGCACCCGGACAUCUUCCAGCUGAAUAACCCCGACAAAGGCAAUGUUUACAAGUUCCAGACUGGUUCCCGGUUUCAUGCAAUACUGUGGCACAAGCAUUUGGAUGACGCAUGUAAAAGCAACAGGCCUCAGGUACCUGCAAACCUUAUGUCAUUUGAAUAAGUCUCUGCAGGACUUAGCGUGACUUCAGAGGCCUCUGGGAGCCGGCCUGGGACUGGUGGCGAAGCGCGUGUCCAGGGCACAGGCCUUUGGUGGGGUGCUGGGAGACUCAGAGCUGGACUCGAGGGGACACGGCCGAGGCCUCACAGUCCAGAGGGCUCCACCGGUGCGGGGGUCCGCCUGCCGAUGCCCAGCCACCCCCAUGACCCCCGUUCUGCAGCACCACCUCACGGGGCCGCGAUGGGUCCCCAGACUGUACAACCCGUCCUCCCUCCCUGGGCCCUCAUCCGUCCACCAGCUGCUGCUGCGACCAGAGAGCAUCCGUCCCACGUUGGGUCCCCAGUGCUUUCUCCUGCACAAAAGAGUGGACAGCGUCCCCCCGCGUGAGGGCUGGAGGGAAGGGACAGGCGGGGACUGGCUCCAGUGUGCCGGGUCGCUCGCCCACAGGGCUGCCUCAGAUUUUGUACAACCCCGAAGCGUCCUCUGCGUGUGCGUGCCGUGUCUGUGUGCGUGCAAGCGAGCGAGCGUGGACUCUCCGAGAAACAUGCAUUUUGGCACAAGACUCGUGACAUCACACACUUCAUUCUCUUUGAGGCCCUGCUUUAACCUUAAGCGAUAGGCUGGUCCACCGAGGAAGGUCAGAGUGAGAGCCCAGAUUCCUCCUGUGUUAAGGGUCCCUCGCAUUCUUUUACUGUAAACAAACAAUGCCUUAAAUUGUGUCUUGUUUUCUGUUCCUAUGGGUGCUAUUCAUCCGGAAGGCCUGAUCCCUGGGCCCCUGGGGCCCUUCCAGGCCUUGUUGCCGUCGGCUCUUCUGAGGCAAGACCCAGCUUCAGGACCGUGGACUGGGCCGGCACUGGCCUGCUUGCUUCCUCCCAGCCCCCCUCCCGCAGGGUCUGAAGGCCCCGCUCUUCUCACCCCUCCCCCCGCCCCCGGGUCAGCAUGGGAAGUCGUGACGCUUUCUGCCAGCUUCUCGAGGCCGCCUGCGCACACGGUGACCUGACCGGCUGCUCAGAAGCUACUUUGCACCGACCUCUCCCCGCCAAGCAAGGCUUUUGCUCCCAUCUUCUCACCCCUUUGCCUCCACUGCCAGGGCAGAGCCACUGGGAUUCUUGAUUACACUGGGGAGCUGAGUGACACUGAGGCCUUAAGCUCCCCGAUUCUUGCCCCCAAACACAGUCACCAGCAAGUUCUCCAUCAUCCAAGUCCAAGGGCACAAUUGUUGACGACCGUGGUGACGAGAGCAAAGCCCUGGGGAGGGGACGGUCCGAGCUCUGCUUUUGGUGAGAGCUCUUCAGGUGAACAAUGUCCUUCAUCUGUCACUCCUUGUCAUACUUUUAAGUGACUUUUAUUUUGCACAAAUACAUUUUUAUUUAAAGUAAUGAAUAAAAAUUAGCUUUAUUUAUGGUAGCUUUAUCACCAUAGCUUCUCCCUUCAGCCCUUCCCCACCCUCUCUCCUUCCCUCUCCCUCCCUCUCUUUCCCCCUCUCUCUUUUUUUUUAAUCUGGGUGUCCUAAUUCUGAGAAGGAAACUCUUAAUGAUUUUCUGAAAGAGACUGAGUUUCUGGGUCCUUGUUGCUGUUGUGGUUUCAGAGCUCACACUGAUCAGACACCAAACUACUCUUAAGAGUUUCUGGGCAUGAUGCUUCAAAACAACAUCUUAACCAAUAAAAUGUAAUAAUAGGUCGACUUAAGAACUACCAAAGGACCCACCACUGUAUUUUGAUCAAACGGUGACCACUUUUCUGAAAAUUCAGAUGAAUUGGUGAGGAGAGUAAUUGUCAUCAGGGUCUUAUUUUGUGGUUGAGUCUUACUAUGCUCCGUAACUAACCCUCCUUCAGAGCAAAAUCUAGAAUACUUUCAUGCCAGGAGAAACUCCAGAUGGUGAAAUUGAGGCCAGCAAACCUUGGUCAUCGGUGCUUCGCACACCCUCCCGCAGCUGGGGUCGAAUGCAUGCACCUAAUUCAUACCAACAACUGCUCAGAUUAGCAUCUGGAGGCUGAAUGAAUACAGCAGACACUCCAAACAUCUCUCACCAGAACCAUGCAGUAUUAACGCUUUAACUUACAUUGAAUCUGAUUCUACCUGUUAAUUUUUUUUAAGUCUUAAGUUUGAAUGAAAUUAGAAGACUACUUUCCUUGAAUUUCUCUACUCUUCAAACUGUCCUGGUUUUUCUGACAUGAAAUUAUAGAAGCCAAUCCAAAAACCUCAAAAUUUCAGACUUACACUAAAUCAGGUACUUUCCUGCGCUUUACAGAUUUUCCUUGUCUUUACAAAUGUUUUCCUCUGAGCCUAAUUUUGAAAUAGCACAAUUGCAAUUCUUUUCAAAGUGUCUAGUCUUCUCACUAAAAUUGAGAUUGAUCCCAUGUCCCCUCCCGGAAACAUUCCUAGCUUGGAUUCUCGUAGAACUGGUAAGAACCUUGAACUUACCAGAAGAGUCCUGCAGAUGAGGCUGUAAGGCACUUGGCUCUCUCCCAGCAGGGGCUCAGGGCCAAGCAUGUGAGUUAAGUGCUGAUUGUCUUUCCAGCGUUGGUUUGUCCCUCAAGCUGCAGGUGAGGAGGCCUGCAAGCCGGGGACAGAGGGGGACAGGCACAAAACCCCAAAGGGGAAAGUCCCCGGGUGGAUUCUGGCCCUGGAAGGUAGCAUUUCUGGGUCUUGCUCUUUGACUAGCCAUGGUGCACAAAUGUCUGUGAAAACAUUGAAGGUGAUGUGUCUUGCAUGCAUAUGUUGUAUCAUUUUUGUUAAGCAAAGAGAUCAUGGCACCCCAGGAUGAAAGUUAUAGAAUGCUAUCUACAAACUGUGGAGUAGGUAGCUGGUAUCCUCAUGAUGCCGCCCACACAGCUCACUCCCCUCUCCCUGGGAGUAAUUUUCACCCCUCUCAGUCCAACACGUUUUGUAACUCAAGGUCAGCCAAGUGCAUUCUGACAACUGAAACUUCGUGGAGGAUAGAUUUGGUGGAAAGCAGUAGAAAUAUUGUUCUGAGCAUGCCCAGUGGGACAGUGUGGCCUCCCUUCCCUCCCUGAAGAAGCCUGCCCAUUCAUCACCCUGCCCCCUGUGGACCCUAAAGAGAAGACACUUGAAGGGAUUCUGUUUACGAAGGAACCCGCUCUCUCUUGCCAACUGAGUUUAUAAAGUGUUUUUUCUUCUUACCAAUAUGGCCAGUAUUUCUUUCAUCGUCUUCCUCCCACCUCCCAAGCCCAAGAAGUAUAUCUUUUAGGAUGCCAUUGUACAGGUGGAAAAAUGGUCCAUGAAAACGGGAAGUCAUUUGCAAGCAGGGUCCGCUUUCAUUCCACAGGCGGAGUCUAGAGCUCUGGAUCCACGUUAACAGUUGCUUAGAACCAGGUGAACAUUGCUAAAAACACAACCUGACUUUCAUGAAUCACUUUAAUCAGCCCCACAUCAUUCUGCAUGUUGGGUGACUUCAUGUUUUAAAAAGGAAAAAAAAAAAAUCUACAAGAGUCCCUCUGAAAUAACAGAUCCUCUGUGUGAAACCACCCAUUCAUCCAUUGAUUCUCAUCCCUUGUGAGUGCUUCCUGUGUGCCAGGCUCUACCCAGGACAGAAAUGUCUGAGAACAAGACAAACCCAAGCCCUGCCCUCAUGGAGCUGACCCCUCAACGAACAAAUCAUCUUCACCAUGCCAUUUCCUCUCUCCCAGCAAGACCCUGCCUCCCUCCUAGCACAGGGUAGGAACCAGGUGCAGAUUCCUCCAGAAAGGCUUCAAGAAGCUCAACAGACCGAAUAGCCUUUGACUUGUGAGUCCAGUUGCUGUCCUAGUGACUGGUUGGCACAGAGCUACGGCUGAACACAGUGAGGACUCCGAGGUGGAACCAGAGGGUAGGGUCAGAAUGCUCACAGUAUUUACUUCAGAGGUUUUUUGGUUUUAAUUUCAAUGUUAAAGACAAGCACAGCAUGAGUGAGAGGUGCAUUUCCUUGGGUGUCAAGAACUCGUCCCACGGACCACCUCGCCGCUGGUGCUGCACAAGUGUGUGUGCGCCACGGGCAGCCCCGAAACCCCUGCUCGCAGCAGCAAUGAUGGAUCAUCUGUCGGUUCUAUAACCACUCAUCUCUUUGUCCAUUUCUGAAUGUGACCAUUCAAUAAUGAAACAAUAGUGAUUAAUUUAUUAGUAUGGUAUAAUCUUCAAUAAAUUUUGUGCCAAAAUGCAUGGUUUUCCACUUAGCAUUCAAAAUGUUGCAUAGAGAGUAGUUUUCAAUUUCUUACGUAUUAUUCAAAGUAAGUUGAAAAUCAAUUUUUACAUUUUAAUUUGUCUCUUGUUCAAUCUGUUGCACUCUCCUGGGCUGUCUUUUUUCCCGGCAGACCCCCUGCAUGCAGUUGUGUAAGGACUUUCCCUAAUUCUUGUGAAUUGUCUCAUCCACAGUAACCACUGAACAUCAGCCCUCUGUGGGAUUCUUUAGAUUUUUGGUGAAGUAUUUUGUUACCUCAGUCUUGUAUCAAGUUGCUGUAUUUUUCAGCUUGUUACACUGAUAAUAAUUGUUUCACU